CUCAGACCACUCCCUCUGACAGUGUGAAGGACGGAGCAGACUACUCUUCACUGUGUUGCCAUUAGACGUUUCUCAAAGGACUAUGUUCGCAGCAGAGAAUGGCGGACGCCAACGCGAUUGAGGAGCUUCAGUCGGAGCUCACCUGCCCGGUGUGUCUGGAGCUGUUCCGUGACCCGGUGAUCCUCGAGUGCGGACACCACUUCUGCCAGGUGUGCAUCAUCCAGUGCUGGGAAGCCAAGGCGGACGAGUUGUCGAGUUGCCCAAAGUGUCGAAAGUCGUGCGGCCGCAAACUGCGACCCAACUCGCUUCUGUGCAACGUCGUGGACAGUGUGCGCAGAGCCCGGGCCAUGGACACAGCCGCGGGGACAAGCGGGUGGUACCCGGAAGGUCCGCUGGAGGAGCCGGAGGAGCGGGAGCCCGGGUCCAGCAUGAGCAGCGUGGCCUCGUCCAUCGGGCUCUGGCCGCGCCUGUGGAUGGAUAUGUGCGAGGAGCAUGAGGAGAAGCUGAAGCUGUACUGUGAGGACGACCAGCUGCCCAUCUGCCUGGUGUGCGGCAUGUCCCGGGACCACAAGACCCAUAAUGUCAUCCCCAUUAACGAGGCCUUUGAGAACUACAGGGAUAAGCUGUCCGUCGCUCUGGAUCGGGUUCAGCUGCAGACAGAGGAGGCCACGCUCUUCCAGAGGCAGACCAAUGAAAAGAUCCUCCUCAUUAAGGAGCAAGCAGGAGAUCUGGAGGAGAUGGUCACUUCAGAGUUUGGUCGUCUGAGAGAGUUCCUACUGGAGGAGGAGGAGCGCAUUAAGGAGAAACUGCAGAAGCAGAAAGAGGAGAAGCUCAACCAGCUGGAGGAGGCGCUCAUUCAGACCACCGAGCAAAUCAGCCAGCUGGAAAGUACGGCCGACGAGCUUCGCCUCAAACUGAGAGAGGACGAAAACCCAGAGCAGCUCAAGGGAAUCAAAGAUUUCAUCGGAGGGGCUGAGAGCUUGUUUGAGCGCCCCCCAGAGGUGAGUGUGGAUCUGCAAUCAGGAGAGUUCCUGGGACCUCUGCAGUACAGGACAUGGAGGAAAAUGAGCUCAAUUUUCCAGCCAGCUGUCACAGCGGUGACCCUCGACCCAGACACAGCCUACCCCUGCCUGUGGGUGUCUCCAUGUCACACCAGCGUCCAGGUGGGAAGAAUCCAGACCAACCUGCCCAACAACCCCGAGCGAUUCACCCUCUACAACAUCGUCCUGGGCUCUGAGGCCUUCUCCUCUGGCAGACACUACUGGGAGGUGGAGGUGGGCUUUAAGACAGCGUGGGGUCUGGGUGUGGCCGCAGCCUCCGUCAACAGGAAGGAGGAGAUCAGCCUCUGUCCAGAUGAUGGUUUCUGGACCCUGGUGCUGAGAGACAACGCAGAUGGCACCAGCGAGUAUGAAGCCUGCACCGACUCAGAUGAAAGCUUGAUAUAUCCCUCCAAACCCCCCAGGAGGGUGGGGGUCUACCUGGACUAUAGUCGUGGUGAGGUGGGGUUUUACGAUGCAGGAAACAUGAGUCACCUCUUCACCUUCUAUAAUGCGACAUUCAAAGAGCCGGUUUUCCCGUACUUCAAUCCCUGGCCGAUUAUCAAUGGACAAAACCGGGAGCCGCUCACCAUAGUAACACCACACUGGGGAUAGACGUCCUUUUUAUAAGAGGACAGACUUAGUAUAAAACUGCAGAAGAUUCAGCAGCUAAUGAACUUGGAUGGACUCAUCUCAUGAGCACAAACACAUCUGCCUUCUCAAAAAGACUUUGCUGUAUUAAUGAUGUGGUGGUGAUGAACAUGCAGGUAAUGUCUUGAAAUGUGGUAAGACGGGAAAUAAGAAGAAAAAACUACUAUUGUACAAGAUGGGGUUGGGCAACAUGUUAAAAUUUCUAACCGUCAGCCCAACAACCUGUGAUGGCCGAUUUAUUCGUGCAGACAGGUGCAUGUUAUUCAGGUGGGAGAUGUGUCCAAGUGGCGAGUUCACUACAUUCCACAAGUGCUCUUUGCUUUUUUUCAGUUUAAUAAAUACACAAAAUGCAAAGAAAGGAAAUAUUCUGAUACAUCUUUUCCAUAUUAAAUGGAAAUAUUCAAACAUACACUUUCUGAAUUUGAAUUUCUCUCUUUUAUUGAACUUAGCUUAAGGGCCUUGGUGAGGCAUUUUAAAACACACUUUACUCAUUGACAGAAACCAGAUACUCUCUGUGACUUGCGGCGUCAGAAACCAACGAAAAAGGUGUCCUUUAACAUCGGUAUGAUUUGCAGCCGGGUGCAGUUAUAGUUUAAUGGCGCCUAGCGGUGUCAGAGGAAAACGCGGCGGGUCAAAGACAAAAGUGGAAUGUGGAAAGUCCAUGACCAAACCAAACGUCAAUAUGUGACGAGCUGGGAGUGAGAAUGUGUUAUCUGGUUUGGUUGAAAUAAAAUGCCGGCUGUAGACACCAGUUUCCCCUGCUGCCUCCCAUUUUAGCGCUAAGCAGUGACUCUCAUUUGUUCUUUUGGAGUCAGGCCUGUAACUAUGCAAAAUAAAAUGACCAAAGUCACCCCCGGAAGUCUCCUUAGUCGACUGAGAUUUUUCUGGUUCUGGUUCUGCAGACUCAGAACCAGAGUGAGUCUGAGUGAGAUGGAAGGAGCUGCCUUGAGGAAGAGAGUCAAAUGUUUGCAUUCAACAGUCAAAUCCAAUUCCAUUGACAUCAUUCUGAGUCACAUGCAACCCUAAUAUUUGUUUAUUUGCCCAACCCUUGUACAAGACAAAUGACACUUUAAAGAACAGGGCUGUUGAUAUUCUACUAUUUUUCUCAUUGUCAACAUAUCCCUUGAAAAGGCCAUAACCAACAAUAGUUUCAUCAUACAAGCACAUGUUGUCCACAUAUUGGUGUAACUUAAGAAUAUAUAUUAAUGUUUCUGUGCCAUAGACCUCCAUUGUAUUGCUGAAAACACACAGUGCAUUUAGGAGUUCAUUUGACCUCAUGGUUUGGUUUUUGCCCUGAUGUGUGUUGUCAGCUGAGACCUCAUACAGACACAGGUGCGUGCCUUUCCACAUCAUGUCCAAUCAGUUUGAUUCACCGCAGGUGGACUCAAGAGAAAUGGGAGGCACCUGGGCUGAAUUUAAAGCAUCAUAGCAAAGGGUCUGAACAGUCCCGUCAAUGUGAUAUUUCAGGGGUUUUUUAAAAUAAAUUUGCUAAAACUUCUAAACUUAUUUUUCACUAUGUCAUUAUGGGGUUUUUAAUCACUGAAAUUUAAUGACAUGAUUUUAGUUAAAGACUGCAACAUAAAAUAAGAAUAAAGUGAAGGGGUCUGAAUGCUUUGUGAAUGCACUGUAUUAAAAACACGUCAUGAGCCACAUUGUUGCUCUGGAUUACAUGUUCCUUUAUUACGAUGAACAUGGACACUGUAAGCCUUCACCAGAGCACCAAAUGUGUAUUAAUCCGUGCCUGAAAGUAGUCCCAAACAAAUGUGUCCUGCUGUUUGUUCAAAAGUUGAUGCUACUUAGGGACCAAGAUUUACAUGUCAAAUAAUGUCAGUAAGAAAAUAUAGAAUAGCCUUAACCUAUAAGAUUUUGUAUUGAUUCUACAUUUACGAGGAAAGGGGUGAUGCAUAUUGCUAAUGCAGCCACAGACUUAAAGGUUCUUUGUGGAGUUAUGUGUCUGCUAGUGGGCUAAACAUGGAUGUAAACAAUGCAGGAUUAAAACAAUCGGCUUUGCAAAUGUUUUAUGUAAAAGUAAAUGCAUUCAACACCUUUGUUAAAGCUUAAGGAUACACGCAAUAUGUUUGGUGAGUAACACUAAAUGUAAACAGCAAUUGUGUGAUCACAAGAAAACACCACAGGGUGACUUUGUCUCUGCAGAAAGGUUUCAAAAUGGUAAUAACUUGUUUUGCUGCAGUAUCGUAUUGCAAUAAAAUGAAUCUGUAUAUCUAUAUGUCUACAUCUACAAUUUAUCUUGUAUUUUUUUUACUGUUUCAUAGUUAUGUAUCCAGUCACGUCAUUCUAAUGAUAUGUGCAUUGAACGGAAUGAUGUGUCCAGUAAAUUUAAUACAAGUAAUAAAGACUAUUUGUCCAA